AUGGCUCCACAUGGAUUCAAACUUGCAAUAUUCUUCACUGUGGCUUUCAUUCUUUCCCUCACUCUUCUACUUCCCAUAUCAGGUGAUGCAGGAGGUAGAUCAUUGUUGGGCGAGGACGAAAGCAAUAAUAAGGCGGUGAUAGGGUCAAGGCCUCCGGCAUGUGUAGACAAGUGCAUGAAGUGCAGGCCAUGCAUGGCUACGGUCAUCGUUCCCAACCACAGAAGGAGUAAGGGUCUCUUCAAACACAACGAUAAUAAGGAUGACAGCUAUUACCUCCUUUCAUGGCGAUGCACAUGCGGCAAUAAGCUCUUUCACCCUUAAUAAUCCCCAUUUC